AUGGUGGGAAGGCAUGGGAAUUAUACAGGAUACGGGCCUACAGUGGGGACGUUCCCCACACCGUCCUCCAAGACACUCCAAUUUACCAAGGAAAGGGGUUAUGACGUUAAGCCUGGAGACGUCGUGAUUGUUGCCCGUGGGCCAGAGUUCCAGAUGAAAGGGGUCGUGCAAAUCGUGGACUUUCCAAACACGUGCUUGACCCUGAUAUCUGAGGGUGAUUACUCACUUGUCAACAUUCCUAUCGGAUUCAUCAUGAAAGUAUCCAACGUGAACUUAGAUUUGUUUCGCAAUAUCAUUGGGAAAGAGGUCUUCAUUAUUGGAGGUGCACAGAAGGGUUACCGAGCCACACUAUACCAGCUCACUCAUGAUACUUGCUUCAUUUCUGUGCAUGGGCAAGCGCGCACCACAGUCAAACACGCGGAUGUUGCUACUAGCAAGACCCCUCCCCCAUCUGAUCCCAUAGUCCCAUCCAGUAUAGAUCCCAGCUCCAGCGAGUGGUCUGACUGGUCCGGGAACAAUCUUGAUUUGACAGAUAACCUUUCCGGUGUCAAGGCAUACAACCCCUGGGCUGCCAACAAUGCUGAGGACAUCAAAGACACCAUUGCAGAGAGAACAGAGAAACUCCGAAGCGACAACCCAUUACCUUGGUUGAUGAACAAAGAAUUUGCGUUGAAAUUGACUCAGUAUCACAUGCUGUUUAAAGUUUCACCAUGCUUCAUGGGAGACAAGCUGCACAAUUGCUUUGUAUCGACAGCUUGUCCUGACCCGUUCUGCGGUGACAAUGGACCUGCACCCGAUGGCUGCAUUGCGGUAUUCUGCACAUCCAAUGGUGCCAGAGCCGCGCUUCAGCACUACCAUAUUCCUGCCAGUGAUCUAAUCCCAGCCUCACCGCACAAAAAAAACCAACAGUGUCUCAUCCUGGAUGGCAAUACUUGCGGCAAGAUCCUAACUAUCGCAAAAUGCAACAUGAAGAAGAAUUCUGUUGAGAUUGCUAUUACUGCUAGGACUAGCUUUACUAUGCGGUUCAAUCAGAUAUGCCUUGUGGAGGAACGUAGAUUCCAAUAG